UGCAGUGGCUUGGGUAAUCUUCGUUAUGUUGUUGCAAGCAGACAAACAUAAAUUUACAUGCACGGUUGAGUCAGGCUUGUAUAGAAGCUGGGUUCAGGAAUUUAAUCAGACUGCUGUCCUUGUCAAAGUUACUGAUGAAAGCAGCAAGCAAGUUAAACCUGCAAUAUAAAGGGGAAAACAGAAGUACAAUGGUAGACAAUGAAGUUAUCUUUGGUACUAAAUUCAAUUUCGAAAGAUUUUCUCCUUCUACUUCUAAAUAAAAUGACUUUCCAAGCUCAUGGGAGGUGUUGUUUCUGUCUGGUGAGAGUUUCCAGCGUGAGGCCUCAGCAGAGGAGAGCAUGAGGAAGCAAUCAGCCCAUCGAUGAGUGGGCCUGCGGGGAUGGUGUGACCCCCUCUCCUUACUCUUCCAAAAAUCCUGCUGGAGUCUGCUGGGAUCUAAUCAAUCACUACAAGCCGGCAAAACACUCCAACAUGCCAUGCCUGCCCCAGAUUCCUGCUAGGUUUUGUGUUUUUGUUUGUUUUUUCCCCACUGAGAGGUUAGCUCUCAAGAUUCCUGGAGGAGAAGUGAGUUAUCAGUGGUGCUGAUCAGCUGACUAUGGUGGGACAGCUUCUUUGUGGUUGGAUAGGGUAUUUGAUUUCAUAUAAUUUUAAAGUACAUCAGCCAAUAAGGGCUCUUGCCGCAUGUCAAAAUGAACCUUCUGUUCAAAUUGAACAUAAUGCGUUUGGAGUCUGCAUCACUUUUUCGGGAGAAUGUUGCAUGUCUCAUCUCAUGAGUAUAAAGCCAAUGCUCUUUCUGGCACAAUCCAAUUUAUUGACUCUAUGUAAUUAAAAAUGACAAGCUAUAGCACCAAAUGGAGCAGUAGGGAAAUAUUACAUACAGUCGUUGUGGAACAUUUUACUGCAGAAUAAAAGUCAUAAAAAAGACAUUUUAUAUGACAAAUUACGGAAGGGGAUUAGAGACACUGGGGGGAACCAAUUAUUUAAACUUUUUAAAAUUAUUUAGAGGAAAAGUCAGAAAUCUAAGAUUAAGGUCAGAAUUUUGAGAUUAAAGUCAGAUUUCAGAGAAAAAAGUCAGAAUUAAAGUCAGGAUUCUGAGAUUUAAGACGGAAUUCCUAAAAAAAAAAGUCAGAAUUCUGAGAUUAAAGUCAGAAUUCUUAAAAAAAAGUCAGAAUUCUGAAAAUAAAGUCAGGAUUAUGAAAUAAAGUCGAGAUUCAGAGAAACUGAGUCAGAAUUCAUUUUUAAAAAAGUCCAAAAUUUUGAGAAAAUUUUGGAAUUCUGAGACUAAAGUCAGAAUUUUGAAAAAAAGACUUGUGAAAAAUAAAGUCCGGAUUCUGAAAUAAAGUUGGAGUCAAACGAAAUGAAGUCGGAAUACUUAAAAAAACAAAAACAAACUCUGAAUUUAAAAAAAAAAAAUUGAAUUUCGGAUUAAAAGUCAGAAUUCUGAAAAAAAGUCAAAAUCUAGAGGAAUACAGUCAGGAUUCUGAGGGAAAAAAAGUCAGAAUUCUUAAUAAAAGUCUGAUUUUUUAGGAAAUCUCGGAAUUCCAAGAUUUAUGUCAUAAUGCUGACUUUAUUCUCAGAAUUAAUUUUUUUUUUCUCAUAAUAAUAAUAAUAAUAAUAAUAGUAUAUUGUGGACCUCAUAAAUAUUUUUCCCCAGUGUCCAUAAUCCGCUCCAGUAACAAAUAGACAGCUACAGCACUUUAACAGUGAUACAAAUCGUUCAGACUGCUCAGACAUUAUACAUAUGUGCCUAUCUUCUCUAUAAAUGAAUAAUCCUCACAUUCUCAGCAGCAGGAUUACUCCCUUUGUUACGGUCCCAUUUGCCCUUUUUUGAAUACAGAGGUGUUAGCUGUUUGAUGAAAGGGAGUCUGUCACCUUUGAGCAGCUGUUACAGAGGCACUAAACCACUCUCAAAACAACUUUACAAUAAACAAUAGAGCUGCUUAUCACCAAUCACCUGUAUUGUAACAGAAAGACAAAGUCUCAACAGUGAAAUCAUCUUAUGUAUAUUGGUUUAAGAGCUAAAAGAUGGUACUUAACUUUUUUGUUGUUGGUGUUGUUGGAAAGAAAUCAAAUAAAUACAUGAAUAUGUUUAAAAUCUAAAAAAAUGACCAUGAAUUUUACUGACUAGAUCUCAAACCAGAUUCAUUGUUUUGAGAGCUUUUAUCUCGUGUUAUUCAGUCUGACUUUCAUGUUCACGUCAGCAGAUUAAUAAGCUUGCAUCCUCGCUGAGAAAAAGAAGUGACAGGGGACAGUGAGAGUAUGACCUUGGUCAACAGGAAACUGUUAAACACUUUGCCUGAGGGGAGCCUGACACAUCUGCCUGGGCAUGAAUAUCCCAUGAAGAGCCUUUAAAUGUGGAAAUGACAAAGAAGCACGCCUCUUUUAAAUUGCAAAUGAGAGAAUAUCAGUCAACUUUCAGGUGUAAGAAGUCAAUUAAAGCCUCUGUUAGUGACUUUACCUUGAAGAUAAAGAAGGUUGAUGUGGGACUUUCAGUGAGGUGAUAUUUCUUAAUUAGCAAUGCUCGUAAGAUUUAUCUGCAGAUGGGUAAUCGUCACUUGUUACUUUUUUGAAAAACUUGCUAUUUGAUAUCAAAGCCAAUGACAAAACAUAUUUAAGGUUUUUAUGCAAACUAAUAACUUAACAAACUAAGUUUCAUAGUUUAUUGUGACAUUUUUGCAGAAAUGUACCUAAACUGUUUAGAUUUUAAGUUAUAAAAGUAGUUUUCAAACAUCAGCAAUAUCGGCGUUUCACAAACCAAACUGUAUCCAAGUUUAUUUAAAGGGAUAUUCCGGCGUGAAAUCAAGGUUAGGAUCAAACACACCGUAACACCGAGUUAGACACCCCAUCAAGAGAUGAAUGCUGGCUGCUUGCUUCUCUAGUUAUACAAACUUUAGUAACGACCGCAGAUAGCAAUACAGAGAGCCACGCGCUCAACCAAAACACCACUCUAUAGCCACAAAUAAUUCUCAAUAUCUAAGUUUACUGAGCCAAACUUGACUGUUUGGGUGGGAAUGCACCACAAGUUGUGGGCCUCUUACAUGUGAUACUGACUAUUUUGAUAUAUCUAAAACUGAGAUCUGUUUACUGAAACUCAAUAUGCAAUACAGCUGAAAUAAAGGGAAUUAAAUAAAUCAGAUAAUCCAACAUGUUAGUCACCAGCUCAAGUACCUUGGGUCCCAAUUUGUCCUUGAGGUUCUACAGCUGUAACUUUUUAAUGUGGAAAGAAAAAGUUUUUUUUUUUUUUAAAGUUACAGGAAUAUGUUGUAUUUGUAAUAUAACAUAAAUAAGUUUAAAGUCUGAAGGUGCAAACUUCUACCAUCACGUCUGUUCAGAUGCAGCAGCGUUGACUACAUAUCCCAUGAACCCCUGAGGCCCCUCCUCCCGCAUACCUCUGCUGUGUGCUCACGCUGCGCUGUGGGGAUGUUGCACAGCACAAGUUGCCCCAAGAGCAGCAGCAAGUCGAGGCGCACGGUGAAAAAGUUUCUCCACAGGAAUGGGCAAGUUUGAGAGAAACGUUUUACCUCCACAUUUCACCUCCACGAUACUCAGAACACCGAGGGAGUGGAUUUAAAGAAGCACCGGGCUGAUCAAACACUCCAGAUUUGGGAUUUCUUGGUGGUUUCUCACACUUUUUUUUGGGAUUUGCUACAUCUGAAGAUCCAACCCCGAGCGGGCUGCUGCUGCUGCUGCUCUCUUGUGUGGUCAGAGAAAAUGUGCUCCUCUACGCAGCCUCGUAGUUUCGCGAGGUUUGCCGUGGUUUUUCUACUCUUUUUGAGGCUACAGCGUGGAUGUGGGGCCAACACAAGGACGUGUCCCCCUCCCUGCUCGUGUUCUGGGGAGCUUGUGGACUGCAGUCGGCUGAAAAGGGGCCAAAUUCCAAACACGAUCCCGGAAUGGACAGUUCAACUGUGAGUCCACUUUUAAAGCCUGCGUGGGGGAGCUUAGCGCUGUCGCUGUUACUGAUUUUAUUCUCACUUGUUUGUGUACAUUUCUUAUUUUUACACAUGUGGGAACUUCUGCAGGUUGUUGGAGAACAAAGUUUGGUGAAGUGUUCUCCUUCAGCACCAGAGGACGACCCACAUUCCUGCUGUAGUGGAAAGGGAAUGUGUUGUAAACCACAAUGAACGACAUUUGGCUUAAUUUGACUUCAGAUCUGGUUUAACCUCAUCUAAAUUACAGAACUGAGAGUAUUUAGUUUAAUUUAGAGACACGGAUAGUUAAAGUAAAACUGUAUCUCCAGUGUUAAACCAGUCUGGGCUUAUCUAUAAUCCAAAUAGAUUAUUUAUUACACGAGUCUCUCAGGCUUUCAGGCUCUUUGACACCAGCAGGGAGGCAAAGGAAAGACUGAGUGUUUUUACACAUGAAUAUAGUAUUGUCAUUCCCUCACAGGCUCCUCAUUAAGAUGUAAAUACUCAUGCAUGAACCCUCCUAUUGCAUGUAGAGUUUUAAAUCCAGCCUUUCUCAUGUUGUAAUGCAGGAAAAUAGGAGUAGUAGCAGUAUCAAGAGCUUAACUAUCCUAGUCUCCUAUCAGGUAGUCCCUUUAACUGGAACCUGGAGCCCUCCAGAUUGUUUUUCAUGGUUUGACAGUGCGGUUACAUCCACAUUUUUCUUCCUCACAGUGAUUGGUGUCGGCCGUGUUGAUGUUUCACUGUUGGUUCAGUCUUCAGAUUUCAGCUUCACAUACCCCGAGGCCUUCAGAGCCAUAAAAGCAUAAAUCAGAGGCAGUGUGUGUGUGUAGCCUUGGACUGUUUCCUAAAGUAAUAUCUCCAUUACACUCCUGUUUGUCCACUGGCUCCAUAAGUUAAGACGAGGCUGAGCUCGGCCUGAAGCCUGCUGGAUCUCGAAUACCAAACACAACUUUACUGGCUUGUGCCUCAGUCUGUUCUACUUUCCAGAUAAUUAUUCUGACUUGAGUUUUAAUUGCCCCGCUUUAAGCUCCUGCACUUGAUUUUUAUUGUCCUGUGUCAGGCUGCAGAGCUUGAUUCACUGCCUGGUGUAGGCUGAGUUCCCUGCUGUUGAAUUUAGUUUUUCUCUUUCUAAAAUGUGCUGCUCUGGAAACUUGACGUUGCCAGAGAAAACAGACCCAGCCUGAGCCUCAUAACCGAGGCCGGCCUCCCAAAGAAAGUGAAGAAAAAAAAAAAAAAGAAAGAGCUGUUCCACAUGGGGGGAAAAAUUCUUUUCACUCUGGCAUGCUAAUUUACGAGUGGCUCCCCAGCACAUCUUAAACCCCUUAAACCGACCGACCCUUUGUUUUCCAGCACCCCAUUAUUUCUGCUGAAUUAGCAACUCCAGAGCCAGCGAUGGUACUGAUUAAGGAGGAGCGUGCAGGAUUAGUUCGGAACAAAAUCACUGCGAAAGGAAAGAGUAAGAAGGGAGAGGAAGAGAGGAGCGUAAAGAAAGUCGGUUAAAGCCAUUAAUAUCUAAAGGGGUUGGAAAAUAGGUUGCAGAUUUCUACCAAGACUUCAUAUCAUUUUACUGUGAAAGGUUUAAAGUGUGGCAGGACUCUGGAGUCUACUUCAAACUGCACUUAAGAGACUCCAAUCAUGUUGGACUUGAGUUGGAGAACGAAUCUUUAACAGAUUUCUCUCUACUUUUAUUUAUUCUGAAACUCUAAAGGACGGCAAAGACAGGAGGUGGUCGACAGCAGGUGGUUUGAAUCACAGCUUUGCUAGCCAUUAAAAUAUCCACCCAAGCUAAUAUUCAGGAAAACAGGAACUGUAUUUAUAUGGGUCUACAAGUAGGAUAGAAAGUAUAAUGAGAGGUAGACUGAGAGAAAAUGUCUUAAAGCUCCUGUGAGGAACUUGAGCUGUGUGUCAGUUCUGGCGCCCCCUGUGGACAAAGCAGUCUUUACAUGUUUGAGCAGAUUUAUGACAACAAAUCUAAUCCUGCUGCUUUUUGACAGUCAAAUAUUUCAUUAAGUGCGAAUAACUGAGGUGAAAAUUGUAAAAACAGGACUGUGUCUGCAGCUGCAGGGCUCGGAUUUACCCCCUUACAUGGUUUUAGAUAAUAGAAAUAGGGGUUUCAAAGUCUAAAGUAAUGUUGAUUAUAGUUUCGUUUGCUUUUGAAUAUCAUUAGAGGGUAUCAGAAUGAUUUUCAGUCAAUUUUAUAAAUGUCAAAAAACUACACAUAGGAGCUUUAAGUUUGUGUCAAAUUCAGACAGGGGGAUACAGAGUUGAAAAAAAAAAAUCAAAAGCAAAUGCAGUUCCUCGAGUGUCCACUUAGGGCUGAGUACAAAAGUUAAAGUAUCUUAAAUAAGUCCCAUGUUAAAAUGCUCAGUUACAUAAUUGAGGGCAAGGCUUUUACAGGCAUGCAGGUGUGUUGUAGCUGUGUGUUAGCAGCCUGAAAGCCCAUCUCUUCUUCCAUUUCUUUCCCUUUUUUUUAGGUUGGGGUUCAAAAUAUCAUUCAUGUGACUCUGAGGAGUUUAUAACCCCUCUAGAUAAUGUAGCUUUUCUAUACAUUCAUUUUGGGAAUGUCAUUAUUCUCAAGUCAAAACACACGAUGACUUUGUAAAAUUUAUGUUGACAGUCGAAGUUAAACAAGAAUGUGACAGAGUGGUUAAACCUUAAGACCUUAAAGCUACUUAGCAUCAGUUUGUUAAACCUGCCUUGAUUAUCAUGAAUGUUAAAGAACAUAAAUCAUAAACGCUACCUCAAACAUUUUGACUUUUUCGUUUAGAAGUUAAAGAGAAAAAUAAACUCUGAGUGGUUUGCAUCACAGAUUUGUUUACUACACACCCAAGCUACUGUUAAUCAUGUUGUGGUCAUUAUCUUUCUUUUUAGCAUUUAAAUAGGCUGUCUGGCUGACUUGUUGUCUGUUAAAUGUAAACUUCAGUUAAAUCCACAAAGCUGAAACUGAACUACAAUUAAAGUCAAGUUGAAGUCUGCUCCCAGCGUCCAUUAUCAAACUCUAACAAGUUACUGACAGCUCCUGUGGUGUAAAGAGUGGCUCAUUUAUUCACUUUUCACUCUUGGAUAAGAGAGUUGGCUUGUUGUACGUUUCCACCAGAGCAGCAGGCUGCAGCCUGUACGCCGCGCUGUGUUAUCUCGCUUUACUCAGAGCCUGCUUUGUGAGGGAAGUGGAAGUGACAGAGCUACUUAGGUUUUAUCUAGGGAGUAUGAUAGGACACCUUUUCCAUACGGCCCCUAGUGCUGGAACUACAACAACAACAACGCUAAGUCCCGUGCAAGGAGAAAGGGGGGUGGGGUGAGCUUAAGCGAGGCGAGUAAAACUCUGGUUGAGUGGUUCGUGAAACUUUCCACCAAAGAACAAAAAGAAAGAAAAAAAAAAAACAGGCCCCUGAAAAUCCAGCAGGGGUGUUUUAGACGUUCAAAAGGCGUCCCUCUCGCUUUUCCUGGCAUUGUGAAUACAUUACCAGUCGAUAGGUUCGUCCCCUCCUCCCUGCACUCCUUGAUGGAUUCCAGAUGAGGGAGGUAAAGGAGGAGGAGGAGGAGGGGUGAGGAGGUGCAAAAAAAAAAAAGUGUCUGGCACCACAGCGUUGAUCGUGCGCAGCAGCAGCGUCAAUAGCUCCACCACUCUCUGCCGCACGAGGCUCAGCCUGCCAGACUCCUCGAUCUGGUUUUCAGGCUUCUUUUCAAAACAAGGACCGUGCUCUGAGUGAGCUGCAGCCAGGACCGCUUCCAAAUCCAGGCUCAGUUGAGUUUUAGUCAGGCGCAGAUCCAAAGAGGCUUCAGACAGAACCAAGACAUUAACCAGAGCUAAUAAUACACAGAAACAACGAAGGUACACACAGAAAUCACAACUCAUUUAGGCUUCAGAAAAGUCGACUCCAUGUCCAGAGUAGACACUAUAAAAGAUUCUGGACUGAGCCUCGUCCAGUAACCCAACCUUGACUCCAGCAUUUUAUCGACCCCCCUCUCACCAGAUUCUGGCCUCCUGUGAGCACGAAAAACUCCAGCUCCCUAAUAACUUAUCAUCUGUCUGCUUUGGCUCGACUCCUGGACCGAGGUCUGGAAAUGGAGUGAACCGUUUUGGCGCGGACCUUUUCUCCUUCCAUGUUUAAAAAUUAGCCAUGAAAAAAGCAACAAAAGACCCUUAGCUAGCUAGCGAGCCUUUUUAGGGAUUGUUUUGGAACUUUUCAGACGCCGCUCGCUCGGAAUUAGCCGAUAACAUCUGUUGUGUUUUGUUUCCGUCAGCGAUCAAUCAUAUUCUUGCUUAUUUUUCUGACUAUUCUGGUUCAUUCCGCCCAUGAGGUUGAAUUAUAGUGACUUCUCUUUGAUGCAUUGCAGCGUUUUAAGCACAAUAACGCUGGAAAUUUGUAUGUAAUUAUGUUUGAGACUACAGCAGCUGAGAAAAAACACUUCUCCCUUCUUUUCUUCACAGGGACCUGAGCCAUAACAAAUUGCAGGUGCUUGACAGCUCUUUGUUUUCCAACUUGCAACAUAUAAGUGAAAUGUGAGUACGCUUUUUUUUCUUCACACGAGUGUUUAAAAAUCUGCCUGAUUGUUUUCUGAUUUCCUUUUUUUUUUAUUUACCGUGCACAGAAAGCUCAACCACAACGAACUGGAUGCAGUACCUGAUCUGGGUCCAUACGCGUCAAACAUCACGACACUGAUUCUGUAAGUAAAACUCUUCUUCGAGCCUGUGAUUUCAUUUCUCUGGGUUUGAGCCUGCUGUGGAGGAUUUUCCUGUGCCAGAGUUGUCGUUGCUUGUUUUAAGUAGAGAGCGAAGGAGUUCCUCCCCCUUUCUUUUCCUCUGGAGAGCUGCCCCGUUCGGUUGAGCUGGUUCCCAGACAGGGCAUUCGCAGAGACAUGGCAGCCGGCCCCAGACUGCUCACGUGGUUUUAAGACAAAUGCCAUCAACAGAAAUGGAAAUGUUUUGUCUGGUGGCCGGAGCUGCUUUUGGUGUAUUUUUAACCUGGAGGCUAGAGUGACGUGACGCUGGAAAAAAAGACAAAGUGUCCUGUAAAAAUGACAGACGUCCAAAUUUGGGGAUUUUUGUAUUAAGCUGGAGUGGACGGGCUGCUUGUUUCUGUGAAAGGAAUAGAGGUUUUUCUGCAAAGUCUCUGAAGCCGAUUAACCCAGAGUUUUGUGUGCAGAAUAAAGAGUUUACUUCAGAUGAUACACUCAGAAAAAAAAAAGCAUUUAACUUGUCAGAUCUGAUCUGGUUCAGACUCCGACCAGAAGACGGUUGUGCAAUACGUGCUCAGAGAAGAACAGCAGAUAUUAGUGUGUGAAACCUCAACAAUUUAUUUGCUUUCUGCGGCAUGUCUCUCCAAAACCGAGCGACGUGAAGUUAUUGUGGAAAAAUGUAUCCCUCUCCCGGCUUGAUGAGGCGUAUUCCUCAUCAAGCCCCGACAAGACGCUCUGCGGCAGCCGCAGGGCGUGCAGGCAUCCGCCAUCGACAAUUUGUUUGCACGUUUGGUGCAGGAGUGUCACCUCCAGCUAUGAGUUUCAGCGGAGGAAGACGGGUGGGGUAGUUUGAACACCUAAGGUGUCAUAUUUUCCUGCAGGAUUUGACGGAGAACGAGUUUGUUUCACUCGCUUUAACUGGAUUUCGAUUUUGAGUACAGACCUGUAAUCCCUGCCUCAGGAAUAAGCAUAAUAGUUGUAUUAUUAGCCGAGCACCUGAUGUGAAUGGCUGCUUCAUCUUGCGGUUAAGAGGUCACAGGUCCAUCAGCCACAAUUGCCGUGUGUGCCGUCCAAGCACCCUUGAGCUACUGUGGAUUACAGCGCAGAGUUUCCUGCACAGAAAAAUACCAGAAUCUCUCCAAACCAUAAAUACUUGAAUUGAUUCAAGGACGUUUUUCAGUUUAGUUUACCCCGAGAUGGAACAAGCAAACUCUGCCUCAACUGUAUCAAGUAAACAACAGCUUUUUUUUUUGUGAGUAGGAAACCGAAAUACGCCAAAAUAUCAAGAAAAUUCAACACGAAGGCACCAAAAUGUCUCAAGACUGGAGCUAUCUGAAAAUCCAAAACAAAGAGGAUUAAGUUUGAGAUAAAGUUCUGCAAGAAAUGAGUAUUGUGUCCAAAAAAAAUCACUGAUCAGUGUGUUAAUUCAGGGAAACUGAAAAAGUUUGGGGAAAAAAACAACGUGAAGUCUCAGAAAGGAAAAGCUUGACAAAGGCGGGAUUUUUUUUUUUUUACAUAUUACAACUAACCUUUUUACAAGUAAUCAUCUAGUUGUGCUUAAUCUUAAUAAUCAGCCAUAAGACUCAACUUUUAAACAAAAACACCAAAAGGAGUCACACCGCACUGAAUAUUAGCAAGUCUUCCUCUGGUUUUAUGGCAGGUGGCGAAGAACCACUUGCACCCCACUAUAAACCAACUGGUUAUCCUGGAUUAGGGAUGUGAUAUCAAUACUGGACCAAUAUUUGAUAUCAGUAUCGGACCGAUAUCAAUAUCAGACCGAUAUCAGCAGAAAAAGAACAUUUGAUUAUAUUGACCUGCAUCUAAAACCUUCGAUAUCAGCACUCCGAUACAAGCAGUCCAUUCCAGAUUCCGCCCCAGCACUUCUAUCUCGCAGCACCGAGAUCCAGCAUGCAGAGCCCAUGUGAUCACAACAACAGUGUGUACUAAGGUACAAACAAAGCAGCGAGGAGGAGUGAUGUCGGCCUCAUGGCAGUAAUUUUUGUAAAAGUCCGAAAAAGACAUUGCAGCUGAGAGCAAAACUUGUCAUGCGCAAGUUUGUGCCAAUAUCGGUAUCGGCCGAUACUGACGGCCAAAAUAUUGGAAUCGUAUCGGAAUUGUAUCGGAAGUAUCGUAAACUUUUUACUGUUGCUGCUCCUACACUGUGGAAUGACUUACCUCUCCACAUUAGACAAGCUCCCUCACCAUCCAUUUUUAAAACCCGUCUAAGAAACUCACUUUUAUUUUAUUCCUUGGCUUUUGACCCAGCAUGAGACGGCAUUACUAUUUAUUGUUGUUUUAUGUUUUUAUCUUAUUAUGUACAGCACUUUGCAUCAGCUUUGGUUGUAUUGAAAGUGUUAAACCCAAAUACAGUUGAGUUGAAUUGAGUUGAGUAUCGAUAUUGUAUCGUAAGUCGAAAAGUUGUAUCUGGACGCCCCUAUCCUGAAUUACCGUGUCUUUUUUAGGACAGUGUCAAAGUUUCUGUUGUUGUUUAGACAGUUAUAGUAAAUGCUGGACACUAAAAUACCCAAGUUUUCGAUCAGUGAAGUCAUGGACAGACUUCAAUGACUCAACAGAGAUUUGAAGAAAGAGCGCUCACAGAAGAAAAUCUCACUUGCUCUCAAACUCACACCGUCUGCCUCGGCUGCCGCCUUCCUCCUUUCGUUUAGGUGAUGCAGUGUGAUUUUUCCAGAAUUUCUCUCCCUUCUUCAGUUUCUUCGAGCUGGGAGGGUAGUAAAAAAAAAAAAAAGAAAAAAGACCUCGGGGUAUCAGAUACCACUUAUUCAAACAGCCAGUCAGACAUAGCGGCAGCUCUCGCCGACUUCUUUGACCUCACAGCUCCGAGUAAAAACAAACGGCAAUAACCCUACAGCUGGUAGUAAUUGAGUCGUGAUCAUCUUAAUUAAUUGAACAAUUUCCCAGGAAUUUAUGGAGGGGGUAAACCCCACCGCCGCUAAAUCCCUCUGCCUGUGUUCAGAGGGGCUCAACAAAUGACCUGGAGAUUCCAGGUCUGAUUAGGUUUAUUAAGAGGUGAGCCUCAUGGUAUGUCAAGGAAACGGGGACCUGGUUAGAAAGAAGAAACGCUGCCCAAAAUAGUGGCAGGUAUUGAGAUAAUCUGUGUGCAGAAGUGAGGCUGCGUUCAAUGACAGUGGGAUAAUUUGAUGUUUAGCCAUUGCCUUUAAAAAAGCACCAAAACCCAAGUAAAAUGUUGAUUCAUCAAUGAUUUAACAGCCCCCUUCUUAUUUUAUGUGGAGGUCCUGCAGUCCACAUGUUAAUACGAUCCCCAUUCCCCUCCUCUCCCACCGGGCGCAGACGUGUUAAGAUGAUCAGCCACGAGGGUGAGAUAUGUGCGCUGUUUAAUAUGGCGUCUCGAAAGCGAACGCAGCCCUGGUUUUCAUUACAGGCGCCACUGAAGAGAGAGGGAGUCAUCAGAUGGCUUUUCGAAAACUCUGUUCUUUUUCCAAUAGGAAAUACCACACACAAACGCACCGCUACACAUGUGCACGAACACACAACUGUCUCACACACUUGGAGAGAGAGAGAGAUGGUCUCAGAUGAAAAAAAAACAAAAAAAAAAAAAUCAGUUUUCCAUUCAAAGAGCGAGCUCCCACUAUUAAAAGCAUUAGUGGAGAGAGUUUUCGCUAAAAACAAAAAAGCUCCAUCAGUCAUCUUGGAGUUUUUACAUAAGUGCAUUUUUUUCCAGUGUGUAAAUGUGGUCGGUUUCACGGCGGUGAAGGACGAAAAUAAAGCUGAGUUCAGCGCGGAGUACGAAUGGUUUCACUCGCAUUUCAAACACUUGAAUUUUAUUAAUAAAAGUCUCAAAAGAGAGAUAUUCGAGGGUCAGACCAAAGCAGCACCACUGCAUCGAUUUAAUACGUCUGCUGCCACUUCCACACAUGCGUAUUAUCAUCGCCAAAGACGCCCCGGGCCGUUAUUGACACACGCUUGGCCUCCUAUUGACUUCCAGCAAAGUCCUGCCACUACAGCUGUAAAGGCUCUGUAAUCAUGUUAUCUGAUAGCAAAGUGGAUGAACAAAUUUGGAAGUGUGUGUAAUUAGAGUGUACAGCGCUGGGAUUGUUUGUGCGGGGGAGGAGGGUGCUCAUUUUGUGGCAGGUCAGACAGAAAAAAGGAGGAAAGCUUUUGCUAUAUGUUGGCCCGAGUUCGCUGAAUCGUGUGAAGUUAACGGUUUAAAUCAGUUCACAGGAUAAUGAGAUUAUUAGUUAGCCAGAUUUCUUGACUUCAGUGUCUCUACUUCCCCCCCCUCCUGAGAGAAACAGGAAAGACUGGUUCUUUCUCACCAGGCGACCUCGCUUCUCUCAGCGGCCAGUCAGGGGGAACAUGAAAACUGAGAUACAGGUGGUGUGCAGCCCCUUUGUUUGGGACGUGGGGGCUGUGGUGCAUGGAAAGCCCUCUGCAAAUCUGCAAACAAAAGGACUCCCUGUGCAGAGACUGAUCAGUAUUUUACUGUAGUUGCUGCACACUCAAGAAGACCAUCUUUGGGGUUUUAAAAUCCAGUUUGACCCGAACCAUUUUCCAAAACUGAGCGCUUUGAUUUGAUUUUUAUUCUCCGAGACGUUUCAAGGCAUCCUGAAAUGUAAUCCUCUUGGCAAGUUUAGCAGCUCCUGCACCCUGACCCGGCGUCUCUUCGUGCCACAGCCCCAAUAUUGACUCAAGCACAAAGCUCAGAAACAUGCUCCGGCGGGUUCGAUUUCAGCAUUGCUCCACAGCGCCCGCCAAACUCUCUGAAAACGCCGUCCAUCUUAGAUAUUUAUUGACACGGGAAUCUUCCCCUCCUGUGUGACUGUAUAUAUGUCGAUUUCCAAAAAAAGGUGUUGGACUUUCCAUAUGGAGAGUCUUGUUGCUAUGGAGACGUGUGCCCUGAAAGCAGUCAACAUAGAGCGGUGUGGAAAGUGGGUCAGAGUCACCACAUUGUGGUUUUAGCAGGUGAGACAUCUGAGAUUCACAGCAGAGUGGUGCCAUGAUGCCACUCUGCCCGAGGACCAGAAUCUGAGAUUGAGAUUAGAUUAAACAGCAGAGUCAGCGAGAGCCAGCCAAGAGUGAACAGACAGGCUAUUAUACUCAUUCUGCAUCAUUGUUCAGACUAACUACUUUCCAAUAUGAGCGGAUAUUUUUCAUUUUUGUAUUUUUGCCUAAAAUUUCUCGUUAGCAGAUAAUCCUUCCAGUUCCUCUUCAGACUUUUAACUCAAGAAAUGAAGAUAAAAAUACGUCACGAUCCACUCAAAUUCAAGUUUAUGUCCGCUGUUAACUUAUCGAAUAAUUCAUCUGGUUUAAUCAAGAGUCCAAACCUCUAAAUUACUUUUUUAUUCUUGCCGAUGUUGGAGGCAUUCUCCGCAGAGAAGUUUGAACUUUGGUGUGUUUGGUAUUUUCGCUCAGAGAAUCGAUAAAACAAUCAACCAGCUCCCCCCAAAAACCAUCUCAUUAAUCUUAAACCGUGUCGCUCAGCUCCGCUCGGUUCUAAUAGUUUCAUUUUAAUGACGCCACAUCCCGAAUGAAACUCCGCUCAGGUUUAAUACUUGAUUUUUGUUGGAGGACGGAGGAGGAAAGCUAACAGCUCGCGGGUCAGUAAGGUGUAGCUGGAGGAGGGGGCUUCAGCCAUCCUGAUGAAUACUGAAAACGAGGGCCUGUAGUCUGGUGUAUUGGAGGGAAUUCCUGCUCCCCCCUUCACUCUCUCUCUACAGCCGAGUCCCAUACACAAAGAGGGCACUGUACAGGCUCUGUUUAUAACUAAGCAGUCCCUGCACUGCAAUUUAGGAGGCGUGCAGCUCAGGAAAUUGCUGGCCUCUGCCGAGGCAUGCUUUCACUGAGGGAAUGGUAUUCAUCAGCCAAGUAAUUGGCAGGUUACUUUUUUAAAUACCUUGUUGGUAAUUACCUUAUAAACAAAAUAACACAUCAAUAAAGGGGAGGGUUGUUUGGAGCCGGUGUAUGGACUCACGGCAUUGAUCAGACCGAGCAAUUUGUCGGCAUUGUUGAGACAUGCACGCAGCUCGAGCGAGAAGCCCGUCAUGUUGGGUGGUAAGUUUGAACUGUACAGGCGCGUGAGACUUUGUCAUUUUUUAUACCACAAGCUGAUUGAGGGACUCAACGGUUUGUGUAUCUGGAAACUUGAGAGCGGUGCGCGCCACUGGUCAAAUACACAGUGUUUCUGUCAUUUAUUGGAGCGAUGGUGUCUGUAUUUUCAGAGCAAACAACAGGAUCACCAGGAUCUCCGAGGAGCAGCUCAGGCCUUUCCUCGCCCUGGAAACGCUCGACCUCAGCAACAACAACAUUGUGGAUAUAAAGGCCAGCUCGUUCCCCGCGCUGCCGCUCAAGAACCUGUGAGUGCCACCGUUUCUUUCCACGCUUGAUUGUUCAUUUUAAAACAGCUGCACAGAGGGUCAUUUCUAAAGAGGACGUCUCCAUCUUCAGUUUUUAACACGUCGAAUGAAAUCUUUCUUCCUCAGGUUCCUCAACAACAACCGCAUCUCCUCGCUGGAGACCGGCUGCUUCACCAACCUCUCCAGCAGUCUGCAGGUUCUCCGGCUCAACCGUAACCGCCUCUCCUCCAUCCCAGCCAAGAUCUUCCAGCUGCCCAACCUCCAGCACCUGUGAGUGUUAUUAUCUUGACUAAAAAUGUCUCAUAGUCAGGGCUUUAAAUAUCUGAUAACUCAUGAUUUCACUUAUAACAGACACAGUUUGACACUUUUGGAGAUUUUCCUGAUUUUAUUCCAUGUGAAAGCUCGUCGCAUGUUAAAGGUCGGGACUUUUUACUCUGAUUGGAUCUAAGUAUAUAAUUUUCCAAUUUGCUGACAGGGCAUAAGGCCUGUACUGGGGUUUAUGUCAUCCACCGUCACCGUGGUAACCAGUGUGACUCUGAGCUCGUCUUUCUGCUGCUAUAGGAGGUUUCAUCAUGAAAUACUGUGUGUGUUUCAGGGAGCUGAGCAGGAACCGGGUCCGUCGAGUUGAGGGUCUGACCUUCCACGGCCUGCACGCUCUCCGCUCCUUGAAGAUGCAGAGAAACGGCCUCAGCCGCCUGAUGGACGGGGCCUUCUGGGGUCUCAGCAACAUGGAAGUCCUGUACGUAUAUUUUCGAGAGAGAGCAUCAGGUUUUCGUCCUUCAUCCUGGUAUAAAGUCUGAUUGUGUGUGUGUGGGCCUGCAGGCAGCUGGACUACAACAACCUGACGGAGGUGAGUAAGGGCUGGCUGUACGGCCUGCUGACUCUGCAGCAGCUCCACCUCAGCCACAACGCCAUCAGCAGGAUCCGACCCGAUGCCUGGGAGUUCUGCCAGAAACUCAGUGAGCUGUGAGUCCAUUUUUUUUCCCUCCUCUUUUUUUUUUCCCUCUUCGCCCCCUCUCCUCCUCCUCCUCCUCCUCUCGUUAUUCCCUCCUCACUUUCCAUUCACACUCUGAACUCCCAACACGUCUCUGUGUCGCCCUCUUCUCCUCUCUGGCACUCCCGCCUGCCCUUCCUCACACUCCAGUUCUCCCCCGCCGCCACUCUCCCGCACACACACACACACACACACACACACACACACACACACACACACACAAAGACACACAGACAAAGCAGCGUCUCUCAUGCUCUGCCAGUCAGUGCCUACAUUAAAGCACUGCCAGCGUAUUACACACCCCUUUGCCUUUUCUCUGUUCGGUUUCCUCUUGAGCCGGAUCAUGGCUCCCAGAAGUCCUGCACAUUUUGGAAAUUCCAUCAUUAAUUGCAGUUUCUUGUGAAACACUACUUUACCCGCAAACUUGAGUGUUUUCCCACCCAUCAGCAUGCAUUCCUGCAGGCAGAUUGGACUCCUUUGUUGUGGCUGUUGUUUACAGCAGCGGUCAGUUUAGUGCUCGCAGCGUCUGGUGCGUUUUUUUCACAGAGGGGUUGUUGUUCUUUCCCCUCUUCGCUUUACUCUCUCUUAUCGCUUGAACCUGAGAGUAAACAAGCCGCCUGUCGGAGGGUAUAUCUGAUGUGCUCUCAUCUGAGUUUACUGAUAAACAGACUUUUAAGAUAAUUAGCACGUAAGAGUUCGAUGCGGUAAAAUGUCGUACUGUAAAAGCAAAUAUAAAGAGCCAGAGUGAUGUUAUAUGAUGUUGUCUUCUCCGCAGCAACCUCUCCUCGAACCAUCUGUCCAGACUGGAGGAAUCCAGCUUCGUAGGCCUGAGCCUCCUGGACGAGCUCCACAUCGGGAACAACCGUGUGAGCUUCAUCGCGGACGGAGCUUUCAGGGGACUCUCGAACCUGCAGAUGCUGUGAGUUCACAAUUUAAACACCUCUUUAUUUUUCUUAUUUAUGGGCGUUUAAACAACCAGCAAAGAGAGGAAGCAGCUGCAGGAAAGAAGUAGAAGAAGAAGAAGACAAAUUACAUUGCUAGAUAAUCGAAAAUAGGUCUUUUCUCACACAGAUAGUGCCAAACUUUUACUUUGUGGAACUGUGUCUCUGACAGUACAUGUGCUUGUUUUUAAAAGCUUCAUUCGCUGCUCUGUUUCCCCCUCCCCCCCUUGUUAAACCCACCUCCACCAUCAAUCCUCUGCCUGAGUGGAAAUAUCCUGCCUGAUUUGUUUUGGGGAUGUGAAAUAGAUUACUGUGUUGAGGUCUCUCCGCACAUAUAAAAAAAAAAACCUCCAAGAGGCACAACCCCGACCUCAAAGCCCCCUCUCAAACACACACACACACACACACACCAGCCCGCCCUUCCCCCCUCGCUCUUUCCCACAGACAUCCCCCCUCUGGUUCGACUUUUUAAACUGGAACCAAAUGUGGGCUGCGCCGCUGAGGUCACCGUAGGGCAGGUGUGCAGCUAGGUGGACAUGAAUGGCUUCAGGGCUUUAAACCUGGACUCACACGCACAAACACACACACACACACAAAGACACACAAACACACCCUCCCUCGGUCUCGAUCAGCCAUAACCAGGCAUGGCGAGGAGGAAAAUAACUGUUUGAAAGCAUUAAGGCAGCUGAGGGAUCAAAGGAGGCCGUUUCUCUGGGAAAUUCUUGAUGUUUUGAGAUGUUUGGACUGUUAGGCUCUCUGUGAAGUUGUCGGUGCAUUUUUCUCUCUUUUGGUCGGGUCAUAAAGUUUUUGUAUUUUGUGUUUCGAUGCUGUUUUAAAGAUGCAUGUGUACACUUGGAAUCAUCAGCUGUAGGGAUAGGAAUCGAAAACCAGUUCUUGUUGAGAACCAGUUCCAAAUGGUUUAAUCCAUCGACAUUGUUUACAUUUCCUCUGAACGAUUCCCUUAACGAUUUGCUUUCUUACGGGUGCCUUGAAAAACGGUCUUGCGAGAGCUCGUCUACGCGAACGAGAACAGAAACUUUGUGGAAAAAAACAUGGCGGAUGGUACAAAAAGUUGGCAGAAACGAUCUGAAGUGAGGCGUAGUUUAACUAAGAAAGAUGACAAUGGGUUUUGUAGGGAAGUAUUGAGUCUGUUUUUUAUGCGCUUGUAACCCAGUUAGCCAUGCGUAUUUGUGUCCUCUUUUUGGGGUUUAAGAAUAUGGUCACCCUAAUUUGACUUAAUACCGACCAAAGCAAAUGCUGUACAAAAAGUUUGUCGUUCGAUUAUUUUUAGACUCUCACUGAAGGUGGCAUACAAAUUUUUCUAUUAUCAGACUCAAUAAAAUUUUGAGUUUAGGGUGAAAACCUAUAGUCUACUUUUUUCAAAUCAAAGUAAGGCAUUGAUAAAGGAAUCGUUAAAGAAUUUAAUCGAUAAGCAGAAUCGAUAUUGGCAUCGAUAUUGAUAAAAUCGUAUCAAUCAGCUGUCUGAACACUUAAUUUCCACGUAUUUGCUUGUAUGUGUGGCGCAGUUUAAGUUCGUAAAUCCACUCAGUAGACACACAGUCAUCAUGAUGUUGAACUCAUUCAGUGCCAGGUUCAUUUUUGCAGUUUUCACCCAGUGCCGCCAUCAACCGCAAUAGAAAUCUCUGCAUCUUUCAGGUCCCACAGAAUAUCUUUUGCUCGGACUAGAAUUAAGUGCAAUAUCUCAAAAGAAAGGGGUGAUUCUCUUCCUUAACCAAAAAAAGUUAGUCUCCAACUCACUCCUGUGUUUAGUUAUUGCUCUUGAGAACCUGACGCCAUGACGUAAACCUCACGGACUGCUUCGGUCGUCCUUGCUGGGACUGUCUCUUAAUUCUAGCUCAGUCUCGCUCACCAGUACCGGCACCGGCGGCACAACAACACGCUGGAAAAUUGUUUCUUUGAUUGUCGGCUGACGAUGUGAAGGUCCGAUACUGGGGUCUCCAGUGGAUCCAGAGACAGUAGCACCGCGCCCAGGGGAGCCGAUGCGCCAAGACUGUUUGCUCUUGGCUAAUGACUUUGGCAUUUUCCUACUCUCUGCAUAAAGAAAAAACUCUCAGAACUAAGCUAAUUGGCACACUUUAUGGCACACUUGUUUUUAAGGGCCCGAGCCGAGAGCGCAGCUCUGUGGCGAAAGCCUUAUUGUAAUUCAAGGAGUUCUCGAUUAUUAUUAUUAUUAUUUUUAUUAUUAUUUAUUUUUUAAAAUUUAUUUUUUGAACUGCCUCUGAAAACGCAAAUUUGACCCCCUGAUUAGCCUUGAAAACUCACGAAAAUUUGCUGGGAGGUGGGGCCCGGCGAAAAUCGCAAUGUUUUCAAGUGACCCAAAAAAAGCGAUUAAAAAAUGGCUCGCUAGCACCCCCUACAGAGUGCCACCUAGUUGACUUUGCCCGAAAUUUUACAGGCACGCGUAUCUUUAUGAGAUCUUUGAUUUUGCACACUUGGACUUUCUUCUCAGACGUAUGGUUAAAGAGUUAUCACGCUGUUUUCGCCCCCUUUUGGCCAUUUCUAUAGGUCACGCCAAACGCUACUUGUUGUUAUUGUAACGUGGUUAUAUGGUCAUGAAUUUGUCGGCUUUGCUGCAUUCAGAACGACCCCAAAUUUAGUCGCAUGUUGGAUAGAAGCGCCCUCUGACGGAAACUAAAAAAAGAAAAAUCUGUUCAAAUCCGUCACUGGCACUGAAUGAGUUAAUGUUAACUCACAUACAUAUUUUAAUUGUGUGCAGAGUAUGGUUAUCCACUGAAAUGUGAUCAAAGUGCAGCACACAUGUUAAAAUGCAGCGCUCUCUUGUAAAACGUCUUUUUCUAUACGACACAGCGCAGACAUCACAGGCUUUUAAAAACGCCGCAAAGGCCAGGAAGGAACUUCCUGUUCGGCGUUGAAUACAGUUUUAGAGUCUGAAACAUUUCCCCCCUCACUUGAAAUGUAAAGCCGCAUACAGUUUUAUUAACACAGCAAGUGCAGUUGUUUUCUGGGUGUGGUUUUUUACAACGUGGUCUGUCUUUGUUUCUCUGGGCAGGGAUCUCCAAAAUAACGAAAUCUCCUGGACCAUCGAGGACAUGAACGGGCCUUUCUCCGCUCUGGACAAGCUGAAGAAACUGUGAGUUCAGGAUCAGUGUAUGAGUGUGAAGGUUAACGUGAGGUUUGGAAGCAGACUGAUGAUUUUUUUGUUUUUUGUUUUCCCAGGUUUCUGCAGGGGAACCAGAUCCGCUCCGUGACCAAGAAGUCGUUCUCUGGCCUGGACGCGUUGCAGCACCUGUGAGUUGACCUUGUGUUUCAGCGAUUGUUCUCCAAGUCGAAGCUGUAAACUAAGCAGAGUGAAUCACACAGAGACAAAGAGGCUGUUUGUCAGAGCCGUAAAGCCCGACUGUCUUCUCCUAUUCCCUCUCUUUGAUGUGGAAUCAGGAAAAAAAACUCCUUUAGUAUCUUUAAAUGUGUGCCAGACUUUAUCGAUCACCCAGGCGAGGGAAGGAACGGUGUGUGUGUGUGUGAGUGUGUGUGUGCAACAGCUGCAUUUGAUUCUAAUUAAAGUUUUUUCCCAGAGCUCAAAGCGGCGCAGAGCCGGGCCUCUCUUGAUUAACACAGAAAACUGCUGCCCAGAGUUUUAUUGUUCUGAAGCCCAGACCUUUUUCUUCUCCCCUGAUUGAAGUUUCUGAAGCCUUCACUCUGCAUGGCUGAUGUUGGCAGAGAACGCCGCCGUCUCCUCGUCAGGAUAAAGCCCUGAUUUCUUUUCUCUUUCCUCCGCAGAGACUUGAGCAAUAACGCCAUCCUGUCCAUCCAAGCCAAUGCCUUCUCUCAGAUGAAGAACCUUCAGGAGCUGUGAGUAUAUCGUGUUGAAUCUAUAGUGUUUUUGUGAUGAUGUAGGACUCAAGACCAGGUGAAAGUCAUUACAGACUGCCGGGAAAGUGAGUUUGAAACGGCGCUUAAUUCGAUGUUUAUGACAAGUUUGCAUUUUCUUUUGUCUCGAGCUUAAAAAAAAACAUGUAAAGCAUAUUUCCAUCUUCCUUUAACGCGAUCGUGUUGCAUGUUGCGUUCAAUGUUUUCGUAAUCUCCUCCCUUGGCAGACGUCUCAACACCUCCAGCCUCCUGUGCGAUUGCCAGCUCAAGUGGCUUCCCGUCUGGGUGGCAGAACAAACCUUCCAGCCCUGCGUCAACGCCAGCUGCGCCCACCCGCAGAUGCUGAAGGGCAGGAGCCUGUUCGCCGUCAGCCAGGAGGAGUUUGUGUGUGGUAAGCGAUGCAUUCAUUCGGCGCAACACCCUGACACUCGCAGACCCGGGAUGCCUUAAAAAAAAACAGGUUUUCCAUUUCCAAACUGACCCUGAUUGUUCGAUGUUUUCCUACCUGAUUCCUGGAGUAGCUAAUGAGUUUUAAGAAGGAACAGUUGCGGAAAUGUACUAAGUAUUAAACUUUCCUGGUCGGUGUCAGCGAGGGGGAAAACUUAGGGAUGAUUUAAUGCUCUGUUUUCCUUUGGAGCCUAAUCUGUCAACAGAAAAGCCAAAGAACAAAUACCCAAUCCCAGAGUUAAAAACAUUUUUUUUCUGCACGGCAAUUAAAUAUUUACCCUUUUGUUUUUUUCCAGAUGAUUUCCCAAAGCCUCAAAUCACCGUGCAGCCGGAGACGCAGUCGGCCCUCAAAGGCACCAACGUCACAUUCGUCUGCUCUGCGGCCAGCUCCAGUGACUCACCCAUGACCUUUGCCUGGAAGAAGGACAACGAGGUCCUGAACGAUGCGGAGAUCCACAACCAAGCCCACCUGCGGGUGCAAGGAGGCGUGGGAGGCGAGACGGAGGUGACGGAGUAUACAACCACCCUGCAGCUCCGCAAUGUGGAAUUCAGCAGCGAAGGGAAAUACCAAUGUGUCAUCUCCAACCACUUUGGAUCCUCCUACUCCACCAAGGCCAGGCUGACGGUCAACAGUGAGUUCAGGACGGGGAAAAUUAAACCGCUCAGAUCUGUCUCUAUCUCUAAAAUGAACCAAACUGAGGGUCUUCUUCUCUCCUGCAGUGCUGCCCUCCUUCACCAAGAUGCCGAUGGACCUGAGUAUCCGGGCCGGUGCGACAGCCAGGCUGGAGUGCGCCGCGGUGGGUCACCCCUCACCUCAGAUCGCCUGGCAGAAAGACGGAGGCACCGACUUCCCCGCCGCCCGCGAGCGCCGUAUGCAUGUGAUGCCAGAGGAUGAUGUGUUCUUCAUCGUGGAUGUGAAGACAGAAGACAUCGGGGUUUACAGCUGCACCGCUCAGAACACGGCAGGCGCCAUCUCUGCGAAUGCUACGCUGACUGUUCUCGGUAAGGAGUCCAAAAUUCUGCUCGGACGACUCGCUUAAAUUUGUUUUUUCUCGCGCUAACAUUUUUUACUUCUUGCAGAAACGCCGUCCUUCUUGCGGCCCCUCAUGGAUCGCACUGUCGCUAAGGGCGAGACAGCCGUCCUCCAGUGCAUAGCGGGCGGCAGCCCUCCGCCGCGGCUGAACUGGACCAAAGACGACAGCCCGCUGGUUGUGACCGAGCGCCACUUUUUCGCGGCGGCAAACCAGCUCCUCAUCAUCGUGGAUGCCGCCGAGGCCGACGCUGGGAAGUACACCUGUGAGAUGUCCAACGCUUUGGGAACGGAGAGAGGGAACGUUCGCCUGGCGGUGAUUUCGAAUCCCAACUGCGACUCUGGAGGGCAAGGCGGCGUGGGAGUUGGCGCUGUUGGCGGGGCGGGAUCAGAUGACGACGGGUGGACCACGGUGGGGAUUGUCAUCAUAGCUGUCGUGUGCUGUGUGGUGGGAACAUCUCUGGUUUGGGUGGUGAUCAUCUACCACACAAGGCGGCGCAACGAGGACUGCAGCGUCACCAACACAGGUUUGUAAUCCCCCUCCAAGUUCCUCGAUUUCUCAAAAGAUUUAACGGAAGAAAAAUGAGAGUGAGUUCGAUUUCCUUUGUGCUUCAGAUGAGACCAACCUGCCCGCCGACAUUCCCAGCUACCUGUCCUCACAGGGCACGCUCGCCGAUCGACAAGACGGCUACAUCCCGUCAGAGAGCGGCAGCAGUCAUCAGUACAUGACCUCAUCAAUCAGCGGCUUCUACUUGCAACCGAAAGACAUGAACGGUAGAACACGCUCCCUUUCUUUCCCUGAGUCCUGAGUUUGAUCCUCUUGCCGCGUUCCUGACCAGAACUCCUCUUGAAUCCUCACAGGUCUUUGUCAGAUGGAUACAGGAAGUGAAACAGACAUGGAGGCGUCCAUCGAUCCUCUGCUGUGCCACUAUCAAGGUCCUAUCAGCUCACUGUUUCGACGGGAGAUGUACUGCGCCGAUCCUUCUGAAGUCUUCACAGGUCUGUCAAAUGCAAAAUCUCUCCUCAGAUUGUUAAUCAAGAAAAUUAGAUCCAAGAAUCUUCAUUCUUCACUUCCUAUAAGAAGAAGUCUGACUAUAAGUGUCUUCAUUCAGGCUGCUCCAUCGACCAAAAACCCAGCCAGAACAUCGACCCCUACAGCGACGGCCUGAGCGGCUCUAGAAGGCGGGAUUACUUCCUGUCAGAGCAUUUUGACCUCUGCUCCUCCACUGUCCUGAUGCAACUCCCCAACGCCGGCCUCAAUCACGGCCCCUUCCACCAGCAGACUGACCGCCAGCCGUCCACAGAGGAGGGGGAACCCGGCGAGUACGGAAGGGCCGUUGAGUGCCCUCCUUCCUGUAACACCUUCAUGGGUGGGUUUUCAUUCUGCAGAGUCAAAAAAUCUUGCUAAAAAGUGAUUAAGAUGAUACGACCAUGUCCCGAGUCGUUUUGCAUUAUCAUAUAUUGUAAUUGAGACCAGUGUGCAAACUGAGCAUGCUCAGAGGCUAGUCUGGAGCCAACUGAGGGCAGCAACUUAAACUACUUAAAUUGGGUUUGACUGUGUGAUUUGAUUUCAUUGAAUAUGCUUGCAUGAACUUUGAACAUCUGGUUUGAGUCGGACAACACAGUAUUCCAAAUUUCUGUUCCUUUGCAAGAUCUGACUUCUUUUGCUUUUCGCUCCAUCAGGGACAUUUGGGAAAACUCCUUGGAGGCCUCAUAAGGAUCCGUAUCCAGGCUUCGGCCCACCGUCAGCGAAGCAAAAUGGAAUAACUCUCCACGAGAAUCCGUACGCCGCUGCAGACGCCGAUUCAGACUUGGAAGAGGACAGUCAUCUAACGAAGGACUCUUCGUCGGAGCAGAGCAACUGCGUUUACGAACAGCCGUUUGACGGCGGCAGGACUGUUCCCGUCCCACAGCGCAGGACCAGCACUUAGCUGAGAGACUCUUGUUUGUCGGAGAGAAGGACGACCAAAAAUUUGAACAAUUCUACCUCAUGGAAAAGGACGCUUUUGCAAUAAAGGACUCCUCAAAUGUGCAACGAGUGAAUGUAACAUAGCAGCUGUUUUUAUGGACACAGCUUCAGUUGAAUUCUAGAGAUGAUUUUAUACAUUUUUAUAUAAAUGUUAUAAUAUUUUGUAAAUUGUAUAUAAACAGAUUCCAUUAUUUUUGCUUACCUUUUGUGUAUAAGUAUUUUGCAGCCUCGUCUAUUCAGUUAUUUCAGCUUUGAAUGAAGCACUGUUUUGCACAAAUGUCAAUAAAAAAACACCGUUUUGUGUGCUGCUACAUUCAUCUACGAGCUGUGAGCCUUCACUCGUACGACUGCGGAUGUCAUGCAGGAGAUUUAUUUUAGUUUUUAGACAAUCUGGUGCUGGUGGUGGUGGGUGUCACAUGGUUGCCUUUAAAGGCAGAACCACAAACCGCCAAGGACACUUCAGGACUGUCAUCAGUCAGGCCCCCCACCGAGAGAGGAAGAGAAACAGAAAUGUUUGAGGAUGUGGAAGGGAGAGGAUGUUUAACUGUUUGGCAUCACAAUCUGGUUGAAAAGUAAAUACAACUAGAAAAAUUGCAUUUCCUCGCAGAAAAUGCGUGGAGGUGCUGAAAGCUGAAAAAGCAAUGCUGAACUGCUAAUAAAAGAUGGAGGAAGGUAUAAAUGUAAAAGCUGUUGAAGGGGUGAAAAAGUAGUAGAAGUUGGAUAAUUGUGAAAAUGGUUGAAGGAUAAAUAGUAUGAAUAUGCUCCAUAAAUUGGAAUUUUAUUAAUGUUGAAAGAGGAGAGAAAAAUGCACAAAGUUUGAAUGAAGGAAAUUACCUUAAAAGGCCGGAAGGUGAGAAGUGGGAUAAGUUUAAUUUGUUGUUCUAGUAGUAGUAGUAUGAUAAGUAGUCAUAGUAGUGAUAUUAGUAAUAGUGUAAGCAGUAGAAGUAGUUUUAGAAUAGAAGAAGUAAUAAUAAAUAAUAAUAAAUUUUAUUUGAAGCACCUUUCACGUCACUCAAGGACAUUUUACAAAACAUAUAAAACAAUAAUAAAACACUAUUAAUUAAAAUCAUCAAUCAUCAAAACAGUUAAAAUCAACAAAGUAACAUUAAAACAUGAACAACAGCAAAGGAAUAAAUAAAGAAAUUAAUAAUAGCAAUUGAAAUUUAAUUUAAAAAAAGUGAGUUAGGGGUGGUGGGAGGGAUAGGCCAGUUUAAACAGGUGUGUCUUGAGUUUGGACUUGAAGAGGGGGAGGGAGUCUAUGUUGCGGAUGUGUGAUGGUAAAGAGUUCCAGAGUCGGAAGUCAAAGUAGAAGUCAAAGUAGUAGAACUAGUGGUAGAAGUUGUAGUAGCAGCAGUAGAAAAUGUAGAAAUAGUAGCAAUAGUAGUUGAAGUAGAAGUUAAAGUACUAGUUUAAUAGUAGUUUCAUAGCGCAAAUUCCUUAAAUCCAGCAUAAAAAUAACAUUGUAUGAAUCCUGAGACCCUCAUGAACACAAUGAUAUAUUUUUUAUGUUUGUACUCUAAAAAAUGUGGCCACAACAGCGAGUUUAAAUGCGCUGAGCCUUGAGGAUUGUCAGGAUCUUCUGGCAGAAAGAUUUCAUUGCAGUCAACGGGCAGAAUCUCUUAUAUAAGCAGGUCCUAUAUAAGGUUCGAAUCAAGACCUCAGGAGUCCUAGUCGGUCUCCUUAUCCCCUGAGCCAUGUGGACACACAGGAGAAUUCUGCUUUUGUCCUAUUUUACUGUCUUUUGUACACACUAGACUUUAAAAUUCAACUAAAUCUGGAUCUGAUUAAAAUAAAGCCACACAGAGUCAAAACAAAAUGAAUCUCAAAUGAGAUUACACACAAGGGCACAUCUUUCCCUCUUGGGAGCAAUUCUCCUCCUCCUCUCCUCUCCAAUCUCCAACCCACCUAUUAGAGAGUUUAUCAAGUACCUGAAAGGGGAGCUCAAGAUCACCUUAAGGAUCAGCCGAGGUCAAUUUACUCACCGCUGUUGAGUAAAACUGAACACUUACUCACAGCUAAGGAAAAUUUCAGGAUAUCUUUAUGGUUCAAUUUAAAUAUAUAGCUAACAACCUAAAAUGCUUUCUCACAAGGACAAUAUCAAAUUAGUCUCAAACAAACAAACAAAACAGUCAUUUUUACACACUGCACAGAGGAAGAUGAAAAUAUAAGAAUCAUGUCUACCUGCUUCAGCCACAGACGUUUUUGACAACUUUGAGUGAUCUAGCUGCUCAGUGCUGACAACAUACUAACAGGAGAGUCGAAUUUAGAGUGAAACAUUUUUUAAACUUGUCUUUUAUCGUUCAGUUGCAAGAACUACGAUUUUACCCUUAAAUUCUCUUUUAAAUUCUCCACCAUCUUUGCCAAGACAAAUUUCUCUUCUUUCUUUCGUCUAUAACCCCUGCAGACCACCAUCGACUCUUACGAUGCUUAUUGUUAAACAUACUUAAUAUCACUAUUUUGUUCACAUUUUAAUCCCAUAUGAAGAGUGUCACAAUACAGUCGAGCUUAAACUAGACUCUCUCUGUUUGCCGGAUGACUCAUUCCCUCUGUCUCCCUCCUUCCCUCCCUCCUUCGUUCCCCCUCCAGCCCUCCUCGCCUGGCGGUUUGUUGUUUUAGGCCUCUCCUCUCCAGCAUGAGGGAAAAAGGUGUGCUUGUGCACCGGGCUAGUUGUUGAAACUUGCACUUGGAGAGCGUCUCCUUACCCGCCACAGUGGAGUUAUGUUUACAAAAUGGCAGAUUCAUGAUAGCGGUGCCAGCAGUUGAUUUAGUCUUGCAUUUACUCUUCAGAAGAAAAAUAAAAAGUCAAAGAAUGGGAGCUUUUUUUUUUUUGUUGUAACUAUACGCACGCUGAAGCUGUGUUUGGAUUCCCACUCUCACUCUGUGUGUAUGGAAAUGCUGAUGAUGAGAUUUGCUUUCAUAAACUGUGUUAUUUUAUUCCCAUCCUUCUGGCUGACUAAUGCUUACGUCCACCUGGCUGCUGGCUGCCGCGCCGGUCUCUCUGCCUUUACCCCACUGAAAAGGAAUGAGGGGGUUUGUUGGAAGUCUUGCCAGUUCUUUGAGGAGGCUGCGAUUAAGACAAGAUGGUGAAGCCACACACAUCCAAACACCUGGGAAACAGCUGCUGCUGCUUCUGCUGCUGCUGCCGCUGAGGCAACACUCAAAAGACCAGUCCACCUCCGGCUAAUAACCUUAUCUCAGAGCAGAGCCAUGAAUGCGUGUCUCAGGAUGACGGUCGGAUAUGUGAGGCCUGGGAGUGAUUUACGAGAAACUCAGUGGAUUCUGAUUGCACUUUGUCGAGCACGUUGUCGGAGUUAUUUGUAGGGCUGGCAUAUUUGGAGAGACAUUUUUUAUCCUGUCUGAGGCAAAAUUAUGAAUGAUGAGAUGGUGAAACAUGUGAGCAACUUAUAUGCAGUUUUAACGCAGGUUUGAGUUUCUAGAAACGUCUUAGUAAUGUACAAAAACACUGUGUUCACUUUGGUGUGUUUGUCUUGUUGUUGUUGAUGAUUCAGCGCACACUUGACUUAAAUUAUGAUUUUACUGAAGCUUAAGAUACUGUUUUAGAGUUUAUGUCUCAAAGGAAUUAAAAGUUAUGAAUGAAUAAUGAAGGGAGAUGGAGUCAGUGUGAAGUGAAGGGGCUGACAGGGCGGAACAGCUCUGUGUUUGUGUUUCUCUUCUGCAAAUUUGUACGUUUUUGUAGGGCGUAAGUUGAACCUAACACUUAAUAAUGUAAGCCUACAAAAUAGAUUUUUCUUAUAUGUGAGUUAAAUGAUUUAUUUCAACAAUUAAGAGUGAUUUGAAGUCAUGUUUUGGACACCAGGGACACAUUAAGUAAUUUGGUCUCCAGCAGGCUAACUCGCUGUUCAUUCCCCCACUGUUUUCAACCCUGUUAGUUAUUUAUACAGUAUUAUUCUAUUUUAUCUGCAUACGAAUCUUACAAUUACUUAUCAAAACAUUUUUAAUCUCUUCUGUUCAUACUGUCUUCACCGGUUCUCAUAGUUUUUGUCCUGUCUUCACCAUCGUUUUAAUAUACGCCCUUCUUUAUCAUUAUUUUAUUUUAUUUAUGUAUUCUUUCUCUUUUAUCCGUCCUCGUUCCACCUUCUUCUUUUCCAUCUUCCUGAUGUGCCGUCAACUAUCAACUGUCGUCAAUUUGUCUAUAAAUCUGCAAAUCUGUGCCUUUUCGCCUCACUCUUUUGGUCUUUGAUUAACCUGAUUGUUGAUUUAUUGUCCACUGAGUUCUGCCUGUUUCCUCCUUUAUUUUAUCUGUUAAAGCACUUUGUAAAGGACUCUUUUUAAAGGUGUUAUAUAAAUACAGUUAUUAUUAUUAUUUGCACCAGCUAUUUGCUUCCACUGCCCUGUUGUCCAUCUUCAACAUGGAAAACAAGGUCCCCCUCCCUCCUCUG